UGCGCCGUAUUUUCAGAAACUGUUAAUUGCUCAUUUCCAUUACAGAAAUUGCCAUUUAUUGCAUAUGAUCUACUUAAAAAAAUAAUGAGUUACUUUCCAACCAUAGGAACAACGGCUAUCAACUUUCCUACACCGGACUAUUUGUUGCCCCAUUCAUGGAAGGAAAACAAGGUUUGUGUGGUCUCCAUCAUUGGGAAGAGUGGCUACCAACCUUUCACCAGCAAGGCUUCACCGUUCAACAACCUGCUGGAUGCUGAUGUUUUUAAGGAAGUGAAAGGACAUCUUCAGGACGCCAUUAAUCAGGGGGAGAUAGAAUGUUACUUUGACGGUGACAACAAUGUUGUGUACCUUCAUCACACAUCUGUCCAUGACACAUACCGCCUGGUGACUGCCGCGGACAGGCUUAGUAAUGCCACACACAAGGAUUUUCAGCAGUUGUGGCAACAUGAGGAAUGCCACUAUGCCAAGAGCUUUCUAUUCUUGUUUCAAAUCUCCCACUUGAUUGUGAUUUCUCACCCCGGUUCCUCAUUCGAUGUCACCUAUGUCAGACUGUUCCGAAUACUGGAUACGAUCAGAAUGAAGGUACAGAAAUGUGUACAGGACCAGCUAAUGGACUUGCCCAUUUCGAAGGACUGGAAGUACAAUGGACGACCCUGCUCCCCCCGUGUUUUGUUUGUGUUUGAGACGGCCACACUAGACUAUGACCCGGAUGAGAUGGUGGAAACAGUUGGGUACAGGCCUAAACCACAGAAAAUCUCUCCAAUUAAGCGUCUACAGCAUUGCAUGGAAGACCAGAUAUACAAGAUACUGAGGAAAUCCAGAGUGAUUACAAAUAUCAGUAACAACUCCCUGUUUGCUGUACCGGCAAAUCAGGAGUUUGUGUUCAUCCACGUCGCACAGAACCACAUCUCAGACCCUGUGUUAUUCUUCCUACAGCAACUACGAGAAAACACAACUCAAGGUGAUGCAGAAAUUGGCUCCACCCAGAGUAAAAGUUUCCAGUCCAGCAGAUCUGGCACCAGUCUACCAGGUGAAAGGUCAAGGUCAUCGCCACUCUCCCGGGGUGGAGGGGAGUUUAGCUUUAAGGAGUUUCUAUGGCAACACAUUGAUAUGGCCCUUACAAAAGGGUUUGAUGACAAUGUUGGGAGGCAUCCAGUGGCUGCUAACUUUGAGCUUGCCACUAGUCAAACUUGGUUCUUGCUGGCCAAUCGCCUGUACAGUCUGUUUUUCUCGGAGAAACUGGACCCCAAAAUCCAGCCACACUGUAACACUCUGAAAUCCUUGCUGGAAACCGACCUCAGGUUCUCAGAGAAUCGAUGUAACAAGGUACUGCCUAUGGCUGAGAGUGCUUACCAAGAGAACCUCCCCACACACUAUGUGACCGCAUAUCAUCUUAGUAAGCUGGCACAAGCUAAGAAGGUGUUUAGCCAGUUUGCACGAGGGCCAGGGUGUGACAAGUAUGUGGGGCAACUUGAGGAAUCGUGUGAACGAUUCUGGAGAAAUGGGAGACAACUCUGUGAAGAAGUCAGCCUAACUGGGAAUCACUGCGUUAACCCGCUUCAUAGAACAGACGAUGACCCUGAAACUUUGUCAAACAGCCAUUUGCCAUGUAUGUCUCACAGCAGUCAGCUGAAGAUGGUGGCUGCUUGUAACUGUGGCCGUAGCAAGGGCGACCGAGAGGAUCCAUUUACUCAUAAGACGGCAAACUUUGACUUCUAUGAAAAGUUGAAGGACACUUGCUGUGGACAACUGGAGAGCUAUAAAUUCCCCACAUUUCAACCCAGCACUUCUGACAUAAGGGCAGCCGCCUUCAGUCUUAAAGACCUGUCUGCAGCAACCCAAAAACUUCAAGUGCGGGAUGAUGAUGAAAAAGUUGACAAUGAAAAAGUUGCGGAUGAUGCAGAGGCAGAGGUUGAGGUAGAGAGGGACGGUGACAAAACUCCUGACAAAGAUUCUCUUAUGCCAGCAGCCAGCAAAGCAGAUUUAGCUGCAGUCACGCAGGGAACAACUAAUCUUAGUCUCGCCCUUAGUCUUGGCCAAUCAGGUGGUGGCGCUGAUUUGUUUGUUGGUGGACACCAGAGUAACUGCAGUCCUCUCCCUGACCAAGAUGCAGUAAGCAAUCCAGAUCACACAGAUGCUCAUACACCUGGCUCACCAGUUUCAGAUGUCCACCAUGUCAGCUCCCCCGUUCGGCAGCACUCAACAACUGAAUACCUUCCAGGAAUGAUCCAUACGGAUUCACCAUCUGGCCUUCUGCCAAAGUUUCCUUCCUGGUCUCUUGUGUGUCUUGGAAAGUCAACAACAUACAACCAAAAUCAAGGUUUAGAUAUGCCUGGCUUCUUGCCCGGGAGUAACUUUCUGCUCCCAUGGGAUGUGACUGUGCAGGCUGAGCGGGAUAAAUGGCCCCCAGUGGGAGAAACAGGGGGCAAGAAAGAUAAAUGGCCCACAGUAGGUGAAACAGGAAAGAAAGGCAAACAGAAGAAAUCUUCAAGAGGGAAAGAGAUGACUGAGUUAGCAUUACGAGUCUUUGUAGGGGAAGAAUAUGAGUGUCCCCGAGGUCAUAGAUUCUGCUGUAGUGGCCCAGAGAAGAUCAUUAAAGUCUCAAGUACCAGCUCUGUCAAGGAUAAUGCCAACAAGCUUAUCAACAUGGACAUGCCCCUAUAUUGUCCCUGCCUACACUGCCGAUCCUCUAAAGGUUACAUGGCCCAGCUAAUGAGGAUCUAUAUAGUCACCCCUGAUGGACCACUACAGGUCAGUGUAAACCCUUUAGUGCAACCAGCACCCCACCCUUGCCCAACUUUUCACCCAGGGGUCGGAGGGGAGGUUGAUUUGACUCCUGGGUCAAUCUGGGUACUACGACUUCCAUCAGUGUAUAUGGGAGACUCUGGCCCCUACACAAUCCCCUCUGACAUCGCUCAACUUCCGGCCUGCAGGCUCCUUAAGGGCACGUUCAACUUCAAGGAAAUGCAGAGCGACUGAUCAUGAUCAUAUAUGUGACGUACCUGGUGUAUGCAUAUGUAAAACAAAUGGAUGUUUAAAGCUCGAUGUUGCAGACUUGAAGGAAAUUCAGAGCGACUGAUCAUGAUCAAAUGUUACAAACCUGGUGUAUGCAUAUGUAAAACAUAUGAGUAUUUUAAACUCUAUCUUGCAGACUUCAAGGAAAUGCAUAGCGACUGAUUGUGAUUAUAUAUGUGACAUACUUGGUAUAUACAUAUGUAAAAUAAAUGAAUAUUUAAAACUCUAUGUUGCAGACUUCAAUGAAAUGCAGGGUAACAGAUUGUUAUCAUGUAUGUGAUGUACCUGGUUUAUGCAUAUGUAUAACACAUGAAAUUUAAAACUCGAUGCUGCAGCCUUCGAGGGAAUGCAGAGCGACUGAUUGUGAUUAUAUAUAUAAAAACCUGGUUUAUGCAUAUGUAAAACAUCUGAAUAUUUAAAGCUCGAUGUUGCAGAUUUCAAGGAAAUGCAGAGCAACUUAUUGUCAUAAUAUAUAUGUGACGUUCCUGAUUAAUGCAUAACACUUAAAUAUUAAAGACUGGAUGCUGCAGACUUGAUUGUGUACAUACUUGUGACGAACCUGGUAUAUGCAUGUGUAAAACACAUGAAUAUUUAAAACUCUGUUGCAGACUUCAGGGAAUGGAACUUCAAGGCCCCUGGCCCUUUAAACUGUGAGACUUUUUUACAAACUGCAAAAUAAGAGAAAGAAAAUGUAUAUGUUCUAUGAAAAUUGCUGUAAAUGAUGUUGUUUUAUGUUAAUGUAUGAUAAAAAGUAAA